GCUCCGCCUGCUCUGCCCCGGAGCUCGCUCGGUCGCCAUGUGGGCGACUGCCCCCCGGCUGUUGGGGGUAUCCCCGGGGCUCCGGGCGCUGCUCGGUGGGCGCCAGGCGGGGCGUCUUCCCGGCGGCGCCCGAGGCCUGCAUGGCUCGCCGGUCCCCUGCGGCAAGAACCUGCUCAAGAAAUUUGCCUCGAAAACCAAAAAGAAGUUUUGGUAUGAAGGGCCUUCCCUGGGCUCCCACCUGACUUACAAGCCGUCCCAGCUGGAGUUCCUGACAAAGAGCACCUCGAAGAAAACCAGGAAGGAAGACCACGUGCGCCUGAGGGCCCUGAACGGCCUCCUCUACAAAGCGCUCAGCGAUCUGCUGUGCACCCCAGAAGUGAGCCAACAGGUGUACGACCUGAACGUGGAGCUGUCCAAGGUGUCUCUGACCGCAGACUUCUCUGCCUGCCGCGUGUACUGGAGGACGCCGCUCCCUGCCGAGCAGAACGCGCAUGCCCAGGCCACGCUGCAGAGGCACGCGGCGCAGAUGAGGCAUCUUUUGAUGUCCCAGCAGACUCUGAGGAACAUGCCACCGAUAGUGUUUGUCCAGGACAAAGGCCACGCAGCUCUAGCCGAGGUGGAGCGGUUACUGGCAGCCGCUGAUCUGGGACCGGCAGAUGAAGACCUUGGACGCGGGGACCUCAGGGACCUCGAGGCCCCAGAGGCCCCCUCACCGUAUGACACCCCGGGGCCUGCCGUGCCCUCCAGUCUGUGCGGGAUUGACCACGAGGCUCUCCACAAGCAGAUCGCGGAGUACAAGAGGAGGAAGGAGAAAGGGCGCGAGGGCGAGAGUGAGAGCCCGGCGUGCCCGGGGCUCGAGACGGCGGCUGAGCUGCGAAGGGCAGUGAAAAGGCGGAAGAAGGCCAGGCCCCGCAGGGUCGAGGAGCUCUCCCCCAAGAACUACCCGUGGGAGCUGGCGGGUGGAGACGACCUGGAGGAUGGCAGGACCCUUCCCGAGGAGCUGGCCCUGGGAUGCGAAUGGGAGUGCGGACAAGCAGAGCCGGACACAAAGGCAGAGCGAGGCGGGGGCAGGAGGACCGAGGCGGCUGUCGCGGAUCACGGCGGGCGUGGGUUGUGAGGCUUCCGCGCUCAGCCCCAUCGGAAUUCUGCUCUGGGAAGCACCGUCAGCUCUAGUGUGUUCGCAGGAAAGCCUCUGGUGACUGGCACGGAGGUGCCCACCUUGUCUCUCUCCGCCCUGUGGCUGCUGCCCCUGUGCAAGGUGAGACAGGUGAUGAGAAGCUGGAUCCUCAUCACCUGCAGGUUUGCCUCCUCGCUGGAGUCCCGGUGACCCCUAGUCACGCUCACUCUGGGACGCACCCACAGAGGUGGGGAUUCAGAAUCCCGGGGCGCACGCAUCUCCACGGAGGCUCGGGCAUUCCUGUCCUGCUGUAAAUGGCUGCUUUUCACAGUUGGUUUCAUGCCGCGUUGUCCACAUAUUUGUCUUUUUUCAAUCCUCACCUGAGAAUAUGUCUGUCCAUCUUAGAGACAGGAAGGAGAAAACCUCGGUGUGGGAGAGAAACACACCAGACCAGGGAUUGAACCCACAACGCAGGGGUGUGUCCUGACCAGGAGCACAGAUGUUCCCAGUGUAUAUGAAAGCAAUUUGGUUUCCGUCUGUCUUUAAAAAACAAACUUUCAGUGGCUGAAGGCAGAGCAGAAAAAUUUUAGCCUGCAAUAUUUCAUUUAUCUCUGGAUAAUGCUAAGUUCUAUGGAAGGAAUGCCCCAUGACCCCAUUUUUAUAAGGCUCACUCACGCAUAGUGCUUCUCAGCAUGGAGCACGAGAAAGUCACAUUUGGCUUUUAAGAGAAAGCUGUUUUGGGAAGAACUGGUGCAGAACUCCCAAUAAAUACGUGUCCAGUAAA